AUGGUCACUCCACCUGUCGAGCCGGACUCGCCUGUGCUGUACUACGACGACGAGCCGCAGCUGGCGGGCGUUCGCAACCUGAGCGUCUCCAGUGACGGCACUAUCGACUCGUUGGUCUCGCUGGACGAGAAUCCGACUCCGCCUCAAUCGCCUUCGCAACAUCCCGUCGUCCACGUCAGUCCGCCCGGCGCUACGUACUCGCUGGACGACGACAGCGGCGCCGUCGACUUCGACCAGCUAGAUUCGCGCGCCUUCUUCCACGACCGUUCGAAGACGCCGUCGGCAGCCUCUUCCGAUCUCGCGACAAACAUUGCGCUCCCACACUCCCCCUUCUUCACCAUGGAGCGGCCGUCGACUCCCCUCGCUCUCAAGCUCGACGGUCUCCUCCCUACGCCCACCGAGACGCCGACCCUCGCAGCUCGGCGUGCGGCAUCGGGCAAGUUGCCGAACAAGGCGCUCCUGAGCCUGCAGCAGAUGCGCUUCGAGGCGUCGCGCGAUGCGGGCAUGGGUCUCGGCGUUGGUCCUGGUUCGGCCGGCUUCGAAGGCAUGGAGGGCGUCUCUCCUGGCGGACCAGGCUACACCUUCCGCCUCAACAUGGAGUUCGAUGGCGAUAAGGCAGGACGCCGAAGCCGGCCGUCGAGUCCGCUUCCUUCGCCUGGCAUCGAGAACGUCGCGGUCGGGGACAGCCCAACUCUCCGCCGCUCGCCAUCGUCGAAGCUGGGAAUGCCGCGCAGCCCUGGCGGCUCGCCGGCUCUCUCGAGCGUCAGCGCCUUCAAGCCGUCGUUGCGGAAUGACAAUCUCCGCCUGGACGUUCCCAGCCGCUCCAGCUCGCCCUCGCUCGACCGCGCCCCCUCCUCGCCUCUCACCCGGUCUUCCGCCUUCCACUUCACCAACACCGGACCCCGGACGCCCCUUACGCCUUCGCAUCUGCCCGGCGCUCCCUCGCUCGGGGCAGGCGGACCUGCCUUCUCCUGGUUCUCCUACUCGAUGCCAGACUCGCCCGGCUGCCCCGUUCCUCCUCCUGGCAUUCCUGUCGCCGAGCGAACAUGCUACUUCACCGACCUCGCGCCCGCCUCGCCCUCGGCGCACUCGUCGUACCUGCCUACCCCUGGAUCCGACCGCACCCUUCGCCGCUCGCCUAUGCCAGCUUCGCCGCUCGGACAAGGCGCUUUCGCUUCCUCCUCGAACCCCUUCUUCAGCUAG